AUGGUCAAGGAAACUAAGCUUUACGAUUUGUUGGGCGUCGCCCCACUGGCGAAUGAAAACGAGAUCAAAAAAGCAUACAGAAAGGCUGCUCUCAAAUACCAUCCUGACAAGCCAACUGGAGAUACCGAGAAGUUUAAGGAGAUCUCCGAAGCUUUCGACAUUUUGUCUAACGAUGACAAAAGACAGGUCUACGAUGACUACGGCUUGGAGGCUGCUAGAGGCAAUGCCCCCGCUGGAGGUGAAAACCCAUUUGCCGGAGGUGCUCCAGGUGGAGGUGGAACUACAUUCUCCUUCGGUGGAGGAGGUGGAGGCCAUCCAUUCUCACAGUCUGACGCUUUCAACAUUUUCUCUCAAAUGGGCGGAUUUGGUAUGGACGAUGGUGGCUUCAGCUUUGGCGGUUCUGGAUUUGGUGGAGGAUCUGGCUUCGGUGGAGGUGGAUCCGGCUUUGGUGGAAUGCCAGGUGGAUUUGGCGGUGCUGGAGGCGGCGGACGCUCUCGUCGCCCUGAACCAGAUACCGUUUCUAUUCAGUUGCCUUGUACGCUAGAAGAGUUGUACACUGGUGCUACCAAGAAGAUGAAACUCAGCAGAAAGUCCGCUGACGGAUCGAGAGAGAGCAAGAUUUUGGAGAUCAAGAUUAAGCCUGGUUGGAAGAUCGGGACGAAGAUUAACUUCAAUAACGAAGGUGACUACCAGCGUGAGUGCCAGGCCAGACAAACAGUUCAAUUCAUCAUUGAGGAGAAGCCUCACCCCAUUUUCAAGAGAGAGGGCAACGACUUGGUUGCUAACGUUAAGUUGACAUUCAAGGAAGCCUUGCUUGGAUUUGAGAAGGAUAUCACCACAUUAAGCGGAAAGAAGAUUAAUGUCUCGAGAUCUCUUCCGGUGCAGCCCUCUUCCACAAACAGAUAUCCAGGUCAGGGAAUGCCUAAUUCUAAGGACCCCCAUGCCCACGGCGAUCUUAUCGUCAAGUACAAGAUAGACUUCCCUACAUCUUUGCUGCCAGCCCAGAAACAGGCCAUCCAGAGUGCAUUUUAG